GGGCCUCCGGGGUCUUGCGCCCUGCGCGCGUGACCAUGCAGCUGGACCCCAAAUACCGCCAGGCGUCCCUCUAUGUGGGCGACCUGCACGCGGACGUGACCGAGGACCUGCUGUUCCGUCACUUUAACGCGGUGGGCCCGGUGCUGUCCAUCCGCAUCUGCCGGGACGCGCUCAGCCGCCGCUCGCUGGGCUACGCGUACGUGAACUUCCUGCAGCCGGCGGACGCGCAGCGGGCGCUGGACACGCUCAACUUCCAGCGGCUGCUCGGGCGCACCACGCGGCUCAUGUGGGCGCAGCGCGAUGCCCGUCUGCGGCGCUCGGGCGUGGGCAACGUGUUCAUCAAGAACCUGGAUCGCAGCAUCGACAGCCGCGCCCUGCACGCGCGCUUCUCGGCCUUCGGGGCCAUCCUGUCGUCCAAGGUGAUGCUGGACGAGCGCGGUGGCUCGCGGGGCUACGCUUUCGUGCACUUCCAGGAGCAGCGCGCGGCCGAGCUGGCCAUCGAGAGCAUGCACGGGGCGCUCCUGGGCGCCCGCACCCUGUUCGUGGGCCGCUUCCAGAGCCGAGGCGAGCGCGCCCGCCUGCAGUUGCAGAACCGCGCCGAACAGCCCUUCACCAACGUCUACGUGAAGAACCUGGGCCCGGCCGUGGACGACGCGCGCCUGUGGCAGCUCUUCGCCGGCUACGGGCGGCCGCUGAGCGCCAAGGUCAUGAGCGACGACCAAGGCCGCUCCCGGGGCUUCGGCUUCGUGAGCUUCGACAGCCCCGAGGCGGCGCGCCGGGCCGUGGAGGGGCUGCACGGGCGCUCCCUGGACGGGCAGGCGCUGUUCGUGGGCCGCGCGCAGAGCAAGGCCGAGCGCCAGGCCGAGCUGCAGCAGCGCUUCGAGCAGCAGCGCCUGGAGCGCGACGAGCAGCCGCGGCCCGCCCCGGUGGCCCGGCUCUACGUGCGCAACCUGGACGACAGCGUGGACGACGAGAGGCUGCGCGGGGCCUUCGCCGCCUUCGGUUCGCUGAGCCGCGUCAAGGUGAUGCGCCAGGACGGGCGCAGCAAGGGCUUCGGGCUCGUCUGCUUCGACGCCCCCGAGGACGCCGCCAGGGCGCUGGCCGCGAUGAACGGACGCAUGCUGGGCUCCAAGGCGCUCAGCAUUGCCCCGGCCCAGGGACCCUAGGACACACACAUGGGCGUCGGUGUGUGUGUGUGUGUGUUUAGGAGAGGGUGACCCCUACGCGCCAUGAAUCCCCCUGCGGGCCUGCAGGUGGAGGUGAUCGAUCGCCCCACACAAUCCCUAUGCAUACCUGCAGAUGGAGGUGGGCAGUGCACCCCGACUAGUCAUGUAGAUGUGUUUGGUCCCUGUCCCACCAUUCCCCAUAAGCCAGACCAGCAGGUGAGGGCGAUCCGCGUCC